UUCAAAUUUUUCUAUCUAUAUCGCCGAUAACUAGCUAUAUAUUGAAGGUCUCUUGCAGACAGACAGGGUGAUAUCCUCCCGCAAUUCUAUCGAUACUUCCAGGCUUUCACUACUACUAGCCAUGACUAAGAAUUGAACCGUCAACGCCCGUCUGAAGGCUCCGGUAGCGCCCGCGGACAGAAUAGUCACCGCUCCAUAUACAGCCCACAUCCCAUCCGUGGGGGUACUAUCCAGCACCACCUGCAAAUCCGUCUACUACCCGCCCGAGAGUCAGUCGAAGAAAGCUCCGUCCUCGAUCAUCUGACAGAGAAGUUGGCUUUUCGAAUGAUCCGGAUACCAGCGUCCACCGAUACCCCGGCCCUAGAAUCCACCAUCCUAACCCGCCUUCUCAUCCCGCGGGGUCUCCCCAAGGCAGCAUCCUCCAGUUACGGCUGGACCAUAGGGAUUGCCUCCAGGAGUUCCACGAGACAGGAGAUCCGUCUUUUCUACGGCGGCACGUCCUCCAUGAGGUUGAGCGAGGUGACCAUCCCCUGAAAUCUACCCUCGGCGGGGUCAGUGUUCCAGCUUCUCUCCACCCCUCUCCUAGGUGAGCUCCCUUCCCGCGAAUGUCCCCCCCAAUGCGCUUCGUCGCCAUCCCAACAUUCUCCCGAUACGAUCCCU